UUGUUUUCAGAGACCUCGAUUGACGAUUGGUUUCCGUUGUCCAAAUUUUACUAUGCCGACGAGGCAUUGAAUACGGUUGCUGUCGAACUUGAUUCAUUUAAUGGGCGCAGGAAUCCACAGCGAUGUCAACAGUUGGUCACCAAGCUUCGCAGCUGUCAAGAUCGAGUAUUGCAAAUUAUCGAAGAAAUUCUCUCUGAAGUUUUUCCGAACGAUGCUGAUCGUGCUCCUCGAGACUAUAGGGUAAAAUUUCCAGACGACAUUCUCCACGAAAAUUUUCCCGGUCAACUUUGGUUUGGCGCCGAAUGCCUUGCUGCCGGUUCGAACAUUAUUGACCGAGAGUUUGAAAGUGAUGCGAUUCGCCCUUUAGCAAAAUCACUCACCUCACAGUUGGACCGAUUGCGAGAGAUGCUCAAAGAGCAGAGUUUGAGGAAUCCAUGUUUUUAUCCAGAAAAGGUGCUACAUUUAAUUUACGUAUCCGCUUUGGUUCCAGUCAAAUCUGUGAAGGAAUAUGACAUGCUUUUGGACGUCUACGUGCUGGCAAAGAAGAGAGGUUAUAUCACUGAGGAGCAAAUCGAAAUUUUCGAUCCCAGUAUAAUGUUCACGUUGCCUAGAUUAGCAAUUAUCAGGCAAGUAACGAAAGAGUGGCGGCGCAUGCGUUUACAUCUGCUUAUUUUCAGCGGCCUUCUUAUUUACCCGGAUGGGCCUCUAAACGUUGACAAGCCUUUGAGUGAACUUUUCGAAAUGUUCCGUCCGUUCAAGCUGUUGUUGCAGCGAAUCAGGGAAUUGCUGCGGACAUUGUCUGAAGAUGAACUUUCUGUUUUGGAAAACGUUUUAAGCAGUCAGAACGAGCCGGAUUUUAAAGAAUCUGAAGUUACCUUGAUGUCUGAUUACAGAGCGCGGUUGGAGCAGAAAAAGCUCUUGAAAAAUAUAGAUGUUGGCAGCGAAACCUUGGUUCAGAGUGACGGCUCAACUUCUGCUUAUCCAGAGAAAUAUGAGAAUGAAACCUCCAGCGUCGUCGCUGCCAAGGAAAGGGAUACGUUGAGUGGAGACUGCUCAACUGUUUCUGACCAACCGAAUUCGCCUGAUACUCUUGACGAGACGUUCCAUGAUGAUGACGGAAGUAACACAAGUUCCCCUGAAACGCCUGCCGCCGCUGAGUCUUCUAGCGAUUUGUUCAUGCGUAUUUCCAUGAGCAGCUGCGAUGCUUACCAAAGGGACGUUGCUGCGGUACCGGACAUCGAAAUCACCUAUUCAGACAUCACCAGCAAUCGAAACAACUGCAAACGUGUGCGGAAAAAUGCAUGUGAAGCUUGGAAUAAGCACGAGUCAGACUAUUCUAACUGCUUUGCACGAUCAAAAAUUUUGCGGUCGCGCUUCAAAUCGUUCAAUGAUCUAAUACAUCGUUUGUUUGUGUGCAUUGCGGGAAUCGCUGAUCAGUGGCAAAGCACAUAUCCAUCAGACCUGAGGGCUAUUCUCAAGAUGAUUUUUCAUCCCUGUGAAAGCUUUCAAAUAUAUGAGGUAAGUAUAUUUAAACAGUGCUCCAUACAAGCGAUGUGUAUGAUUUGAAU